GUAAGCGACCACUGCCAGUCUCGCCCAUAAACAGUAAACAUCGUGCCGUGACCGGAAACUUGACACAGCAACAUGUGUUGCUGGCACGAUUUUUUCAGGAGGACACAUAGUAUUUACAGAUCCUAAUCGAAAUGAGGCGAAUGAAAAUCCGUGCCACCCCAAACUUUGGGGGUGGUGGAGGCCCAAGAACCACUCAAGCUCGUAGCAGUGCUGUUCCUGCAACAGCUGUACCCUCCUCGGCUCCACCUUCUUCGACUCUACUCUCCACAGUUGCACCUUCCAUUGCUACUAUCUCUACUGCUAGGCCAUCUCUCACUGCCUCCCUCACAGCUCCACCUUCCACAGCAUCUGCCCUUGUAGCACCGCACAAUACACAAACUCAGGGGAAUUUACCAAGCUCAGUGACCGAAGAAAAGCACACUGUAGCUGCUGCAGAGAUUUCUGGCAAAUCAUGUUCAAAAUCUGCCAUUUCAGAUGAUUCCAUAAAAGUUGUUGUUGAAGAUAGUAGUGCUUCAUUGAAUAUGCAAUCUCACAAAUCACUGAAGAUGGUAGAUGUGGACUUGGUGUCUUUGCCAGAUUUUUCACAAACACACAAAACUUCACCAAAUAAGACCAUCUCACCAUGUGAAGCAACCUCACAUGAAGACAUUAGAUCUCGAGGUGAUCCCUCCUCUUUAAGUGAUGUAUCUACUGAGAAUUGCACAUUUUCCACAAGUCAAAGAUCUAGUAUGUCAUCUGUAUCAAGAUUACCUUUGCCUAAAUCAGCAUUUUCUCGGAUAUCUGUGGUUUCCAAAUCAUUACCUGCUGUUUCCUCAGGGAGUACAUUUCAGUUAAACAGAGUAAUGCCUGCAGCAAAGCUUUCUGUGGAGGAAACCGUAACAUCUCAAGCUAGUGUACCGGUGAAAAAUGAUCCUUCAGCAUCAGUGCAGCAGAACACAGAGAAUAGGUCAGUAACAAAUAUUAGAAGGAAGAAAAUUAAGGUGAUGCCCAUGGUGAGCAGCUCAAGGAAAGGAAAUGUGGCAGAAAAGUCAAGCACUAAAUUUUUGAAUGCUGAAAUUAACAAAGAAAAGUUAGAUGUUGAAGUAGAAUGUUUGGGUGAAAAAUUAGGUGAAGUGCCAGAUAAAGCCGUGAAAAAUGUGGAUGUUGAAUGUUUAGGUGGUCAGUUAGGGGAAAUGCCAAAAAAAUAUGUGAGAAAUACAAAUGAUAGUGAUGAUCAAGAUAUAAAGUUUCUAAUGCAGAAUAAAAAAAACAGUUAUUUAGAAGUGAAUGCACCAACUAAAGAAAUUCAACAAAUAAUAACAAAUGAGGGAACAAAUAUAAUUACAAAUACUCAAUCCCCAACAACUAGCAUUUUAAGGAAGCAAGUUGAAUCAAGGGAUGGAAAUAAAUAUUUGCAAACACUCUCACACAGCAAAUCUUCAACUGAGGAAGGUAUAGAUACAAAAGUUCCAACAAAGAGUGAGAAACUCGUAGUAACAAAUAAAAGGGACACAAGUGUUGCUCUACUAGAAAAUAAAGGUUUGGAGUUAAAGGAUGAAAACCAGAGCUCCAGUAUCAUUAAUGUGGACACUAUCUCUGCAGUGACAGUUGCAAGCUGCAAAAGGAGAUCAAAAAUUCGUGCAACACCUACCUUAUUAUCUAAAAGGAAAACGGAAAAGAAAUUGGAUAUUGUUGAAGAAACAAUCAAAGAUAAUCAUUUGGAAGUUGUAGAGGAACCUAUACAUGUACUGGAAAAGCCUACAGUUCAAGAAAAGGGUCAUAGUGAAAAUACCUUAUUGGGUAAAAGGAAAAUGGUAAAUAAAUUGGAUAUUGUUGAUGAAAAAAUAAAAGAUGAUUAUUUGGAAAUUGUAGAGAAACCUGUAGUAGAAGAACCCUUACUGGAAAAGCCAAUAGUUCAAGAAAAGAAAUGUAAGGAAAAUACUGGUGUUAUUGGUCCACAUAAUUUAAAAGAUAAAUGCCAUGUUGAAACAAGUGUUGAUUUACUAGUAGAUAAGGGAAUAGAGCUAAAGGAUGAAAGUCAAAGUUCCAUAAAUAGUAACAUGGACACAAGCUCUGCAACAACACUUACAAGUUGCAAGAGGAGAUCAAGAAUUCGUGCAACACCUACCUUAUUAUCUAAAAGGAAAAUGGAAAAGAAAUUGGAAAUUGUUGAAGAAAAAAUACAAGAUAAUUAUUUGGAAGUUGUAGAGGAACCUACACUGGAAAAGCCUACACCUCACCAAAAAAAUCAUAGUGAAAAUACUGGUGUUAUUUUUAUUGAUAGUUUAGAAGAGAAGUGCGAUGUCGAAUCAAGAGUGGCUUUAGCAGAUGGAAAUCGAAGCUCCGGUAUUAGUAAUGUGGAUAAAAGCUCUUCAACAACACCUGCAAGUUGCAAGAGGAGAUCAAGAAUCCAUGCCAGACCUACUUUAUUGUCUAAAAAAAAAAUGGAAAAGAAAUUGGAUAUUGUUGAUGAAAAAUUAAAAGGUGAUUAUUUGGAAGUUAUAGAGGAACCCGUACUUGAAGAACCAACAGUUCAAGAAGGAAAUCAUAGUGAAAAUACUGAUGUUAUCGUUCUUGAUAAUCUAGGAGAGAAGUGUAACGAUGAAACUAGUGUUGCUUUGCUAGAAGAUAAAGAUUUGGUUUUAGUGGAAGAAAAUCGACGCUCUGUUACUAGUAACAUGGACACUAGCUCUGGAACAGCACUUGAAAAUUGCAAAAGGAGAUCAAAAAUUUGUGCAGCACCUACUUUAUUGGCUAAAAAAAGAGCCGUAAAGAAAUCAGAUAUCAUUGAAGAGAAAAUCAAAGAUGAUUAUUUGGAGGAACACUUACUGGAAAAACCCACAGUUCAAGUGGAGAUUCAUAGUGAAGAUAACAAUGUUAUUGUUCUUGAUAGUUUAGAAGAGACGUGCAAUGACGAAACAAGUGUUGCUUUGCUGGAAAAUAAAGGUUUGAAGUUAAAGGAUGAAAAUAAACGCUCCGUUGUUAGUAAUGUAGACACUAGCUUAGCACCAACACUUGCAAAUUGCAAAAGAAGAUCAAGAAUUCGUGCAACACCUACCCUAUUUGCUAAAAAGAAAAUUGUAAGCAAAUUGGAUAUUAUUGUUGAAGAAAAAAUAAAAAGUGAUUGUUUGGAAGGUGUAGAGGAACCCAUACUGAUAAAGACAACAGAUCAAGACAAGAGUCCGAGUGAAAAUACUGCUGCUAUUGUUCUUGAUAGUUUAGGGACGAUGUGUGAUAGUGAACCUGUUUGUGAUAAAAAUCUGGUUCCAUCUGUUAGGGUAAAUUCUGUGCGUGAACCUUGUAAACUUGAUAUAAGUGAACCCAAAACACUUCACAAAGAAGCUAAUUUGAAAAUUGAAAAUAAGGACUGUAAUUUGGUAGAAGGUAGUCCAAAAGGAAUGAAAGGUGAUCAGACAUUCAUUAGAAGAGAUGGAGUAGAAGUAAUUGAGGAUAGCAGUUUUGAUGACAGUAAUGGAGACAAAGAAAAUUCUUCAUUUCCCUUCAGCAGUUCAAAGACUACAAAGAAAGAAUCCACAUUAAAAGGAAGAAGUAAAUCACAAGUUUUGCUGAAAACAAAAGCUAAGCCAUCACCAAUAAUAGCUAACGUAAAGAGGGCAUCUGUAAAGACUGAGAAGAAAGUGAAGGAUGGUGUCACAAAUGAUGAUGGUUUGUCGUCUGAUGAUUCUGAAGAAAUAACAGAAAAGCAGAUAUUUAGAGAAAGAAAAGAGAAAUACAGAAAGAAAAUGUCAAAAGGAGUAUUAGAGCGUACUAGUAUGACCAUGUUUGAUCUCAUUUUCUGGAAUCCAGCAACCAAUCCCAUGCCAGGGCGACCAGAAUCCUCUAAGAAAAGAGUGCGUCUCUCAAGUAAAUGUGAAACAGAGAGCAUUACAUCAGAUGUGAUAGAGGAACAACAGAUUGAUGACCUGGGAUUAGAUACAAGUGACCCUGCACCACAGUCCAGCCCAAUUUUUGACAACGAAACCCAAGUACUUAGAAAGUCAUCUGAAGCUCCUAAUCUUCAAGUGAUAGAAGCUAAGGAAGAAAAGGAGGAGGAGGAGAAGGAGAAAGAAGCGGAGAAAGAGAAAGAAGCGGAGAAGGAGAAAGAAGCAGAGAAGGAGAAAGAAGAGGAGAUGGAGAAAGAAGAGGAGAAAAAGGUGACGGAGAGUAAGGGUGAGGAGGAGGAAGAGGAGGAGGAAGAAGUGGAGCAGGAGGAGGGGCGGGAAAUGCCCUUAAAGGAUAUAUUUGCUCCAAGAGUUAAGAUUGGUCCAAAUGGUCGGAUUAUCCUUGAUGAAAAAAGUAUAAAGAUUCAAACUACUGCUGCUAAGAAUCGUGAUGAAAUUCUGAGCAGAGCAGAGGUAGUUGAAGAAAGUAAUGACUCUGCUCACUAUGGAAAGUGGAGUAAGAAACGACAUCGUUCAAGUGAGUGGACAAUGAAAGAAACUGCUAGAUUCUAUAAAGCAUUAUCUACUGUUGGUACAGACUUUUCUUUAAUGGAAAGUUUGUUUGCAUGGAGAUCUCGAGCUGAACUGAAGACAAAAUUCAAGAAGGAGGAGAGGUUUAACCGAGAUUUAGUUGAUCGAGCCCUGAAGGACUCUACACAGUUUGACCUUUCUCUGUUUGAUGAUGAAUCUGAUUAUGAUCCAGAAGAAGAUAGGAAGGCUACACGCAUAGCAGAGAGAGCAGAAGCUAAACGUAGGCGGCUGGAGAUGAAACAAUCUGUGAAGGAGCAAGAAAAGGAGCUAAAAAAUAUGGAAAAGAAGGAGAAAAGAGCCAGAAUCCAAAACCGCAAGAGAAUUUUAAGACAGGAGUGCAAAAAGAGAAGACGAAGGAAGGGAGGUCUUGGUGGUAGUGACAACAAUGAGGGGCCUGAUGAUGUGGACCAAGAUUUAGUUGUCUGUGACACAGCAAAUGCAAAUUUAGCAACACCCAAAAAAUCUUCAAUAGCAGUUAAAAAGAAAAUUAAGAAGAGGAAAACAAAAAUAAGACGGCCAGUUAAAAGAAAACAGUUAGAGCGACGGAACUCUCUUGUAAUUAGUGAAGUAACAGUUACCAUGGAGACUGUAAAUUAUGAUGUGUCAAGAGAACCCAACAAUGAAUGUGUCAUUGAGAAAACAAUUGUAGAGAAUUCUGAAGGGGACAUUGAAAUCAUUGAGAUACCCUCCACUACAACUCCUGCAGCUGAGGCAAUACAUGAGAUUGAAAGUGCCCAGAAUAUGUGGCACUUUCCAGUUUCUGCCAUUCAGACCCAUGAGGAUGGACAUCAGACCAUCUUGGUACCAGCUGCAGAUGGGCAGAAGAUUGUACCAGUACCAUUGUUACCUCCUGGAACGUCUAAUGUGGUUGUUGUUGCCACUGAAGCACCUGAUUUGCCUGGAGAACAAAUAUAUCAUGUUUAUGUUGUCUCUCCUCUGGAAGGUACUGAGUCAUAAUACAGUACAUACAUUUUAUAUUUAGUGCAUGUAGGUUUUAUUAUUGUGAAUGUAACACUGUAUUUAAGGAGCAUUUUAACUUGUAAAUAUUUGGUUAAUGAUAGCAUAAAAAUUUUAUGAAGUCUAUAUAACACGUGGAUGCUAUAUUAGCCCGAAAUGUGAUAGUAUGUCAUAAGAAUGUCUCCAUUAAUUUGAGAUGUUUCAAAAUGCAUGUUUUUGAGUAUCCUGUAAUAUAUUGUAUAUAUCAUAAUAUACAUGUAAUUUCUCAUGAAAUAAUGGUCUUUACUCUGUCUUUGAAUGCUGAGGAGAGAAAAAAACACUAAUACUUGGUAGGAAACAAUGGAUAUUUUGGUUUAUUCAGCCAUGCACUCAGACAGUAACUAGUCAUGUUUUGCAAAAAAAAACAAAAAACAAAAAAAAAGUAUUGUAUGAAUUAUAUUUGAAACCUUGCUUCUUGUUUGGUAACAUUUAUGAUAAGUAACUGUUUUUUUUUUAAUUGUUGUUGUUAUUUGAAAAUAUUUAUACUGGGCCAUAUAACUAUUUAUUCCUAUACUUUUUUUUUGCAGUGGAUAGUACUUUUUGAGUUAUUUAGUUUUUUGCAAUUUUUGUGAUCAAAUUAUCUUCGUGAAAAGAUAAGUAUCUUCUGCCAUUAUUCUUAGAGUUUGUGGGUUAUAAUAUAAAGAUUUAGAAGUAUGUGUUUUGGUGAAUGAAGUCAAUGAACUUUAUUUUUUUUUUCAUUCUUUUUGACAUGUCUUGUGUGGAUCCCUUUAUCAUUGAUUUUGAUGAUAGGUCUUAGUAUACCUCAGGUAUACUAAGUAUACCGUAGACAUAUACCUCAGAUUUCAAACAACCUUGAAUAAAGGUGUUUGCUUUGUAAUUUCCUAUAAUUUAUGGUGUUUUAACCUUUACAUUGCUCCAAUCAAUUUGAGAGUGAUUGGCCCAAAUGCUCCAGUCAUCUGGAGAUGAUUUAAGGUAUCCCUGUUUUAUUCAAAAGCACCACCAUUCUAGUGUCAUUUGACACUAAAGACAUCUGUAAAUUGUUUGCCAUAGCUGGAAAAAUUCCUGAGUUCCUUUGUUUCCUUCCAGGGCUUUAGUAAAAAAAUGCUGACCAUGUCUGGUGCAUCACCAUUCAAUCACUGAAUAUGCAUGGCAGCCAUGCUAGGAACCAUUGAACUUUUAACAACUGCAAAUCAUUGAUAUCAUAUAUAUAUUUGAAUGCAAAAUGUGUGAAUUGUGCAAUUAUACGAUUUAGCUAUACGGUAUAUAUUAAUAUAUAUAUA